UUGUAACAUCUGCCUCCAGAGUUCCAAGUGUGUCUACGGGCUACACAAACAUCUCUCGCUCCACUUCCCCUGUUCCCUCUUUUAAUUUCAACCCAACCAGGAUAAACAAGGUGCCUGUUCGACAAACAAUGCAAAUAAUCCUCUGCAAGUGGCAUCAUCAUGGUAACCAAUGAGUACACUGUAACUGGGUGCUUUCAAGUAUUCAUAGCAUCUCCCAGCGAAAAAACUUCCACAAGCUGAUUGAGGAGGAGAGGAGGAGAAAGUGAGGCGGGUGGGAGGUCUGGUGAGGAGCACGUAGCAUGCUUACAAAUGAACAGAGCCACGACCCAACUCGGACGGCGUGAGUGAGUUUCUCCUCUUCCACUCUCUCUCUCUCACUCUCUCUCUCUCUCUCUCGCUCGCUCUUGGUGAUGAGCCUUCCUCUCGGUUGGAUGUGGCUGCGGUUGUCGUCGCUGAUGAUGCUGCUGCUGCUCCACUUCUGAGCGACUUCCCCCGGCUGCUCCGCACAGCCGGAGCCCGAGAGACAGAGCAUCGGAACGGGCAGCGAGCAGCAGCAGCAGCCCCCCUCCUCCUCCUCCUCCUCCCCACCUCCUCUGCACGGAGCUCUGCUCCCGUCGCGCUGAGAAAAGACAAACCGACACUGCAGGAGGUGACAGAUCCAGAUUCAGAUCCAGCCUCUGCAACAAGCACGGAGCGAAACACCGGCCACGUCAGAACGGCACGGAGGAGGGAUAUCUUAACAAGUGCGAGCUGUGUUUUUAUGUUCUUACAAACUCGGGUUUGAUUGGUGUGGCAGUGCCGAUCACUUUCCGCCUUCUGCUGGAGCGUGCUUGUGUAUAAACACCCAGACCGUAAGAGGAAGACUUUAUCACCGAGCCUGGCUCAUCAGCGACAAUAAAAGAGACUUUAUUGGCCUCCGACGGCGCUUCUGACUUGGAGGAGGAGGAGGAGGGAGGGGAAAAAGCACAUUAGUUGCAGUAAAUCAAGACAGGGGGAUCGAGCCCGAGUGCAAGACGAAUGGUUUGGGCAUGGUGCCUACGCCCCAGGUGUGCGUAUCAACCCUGGUCACGGUGAGCACGAUGGCAGUGGUGGACCUCUACCUGCUGGAGCAGAGCAUGUUGGGAGCUCGUGGGCUUCCAGGGCCCGGUGUGUGGCAGUGUGCAACAGUGUUGCUAGGAGAUGCUGGCUUCCUGCUCGCGCUGCGCUUCGUGUCGGCUGGUGUGGUGUCUGAGGCACGAUCCCCACGCCGUGGAUUUGCCAACGCCCUUUGGUUCCUGUUCCUGUCACUGCUGCAGCUCAAACUCUUCUUCGUCUGUCACAACUACCGGCAGGAGCGCCGCCCCCCUGACCCGCUGGCCAGAAAGACACUGACGCUGCUGCUGUCCAUCUGCCUGCCCUCCCUGUUCCUCAUCUUGACGGGUGCCGAUCACAUGACGCCACAGCGCAGGAAGCAGGAGGUGCGGAGCCGUCUCCUGUGGGUGGUGGUGGACCUGCUGGAUGUGUUGGACCUGCAGGCGGGGCUGUGGGAGGCACAAGGUGGUGUUACAGUGGGGGCUGGAGGGGUUGUUGAGCAGAGGCUGCCCAUCUGGGCGGAGGGCCUGGUCUUCUUUUACUGCUAUGCCCUCCUGCUGCUGCUGCCGUGUGUGGCCCUUACAGAGCUGGGGGGCACGGGGCUGCCAGGACAGAGGGGGCCUCGUAAAGAGGCUUUGUACCCUUGGCUCAGCCUGGUCACCAUCAACAUCUUUACACUGGCCCUGAGGGGCACAGGCAUGCUGUGGUACAGAGACCCUCGGGUGUCCACAGUCUUCCUGGGGAAGAACCUGCUGGCUCUGGCUGUGAAGCUGAGCGCAGCCUGGGAGAAACACAGGCAGGAGCGCGAUGCUGCAGGAGCUGGGACUGUGACUGGAUCAGAACCAGGAGACCCAACUCUGCAAAGUGAGAGCUCAGGGCAGGGAGAGGGCCCGGCUCAGGGGAAAGCUCCCCCCGCUCACUAUCACACACUGUCUCGCACACAAAGCCACACUCUCUCCCACGUCAGCCUGGAGCCCACAGAGACACCCUUAGGACCCUCUUUCAUCUCCCAUGAACUCUAGAGAGUCACUCUGAACAAGCAUGCAUGCACAAAGACAGGCGCCCGCACCCUAAAAACUGAGACCAGGCGAGCGGGUAUCACAUCCAAACAGAUCAGAACUGUGUUGAAUUUCAGUACAGCAGUGAUGGUUUAAUGCAGAGCUGUGGAAAUGCAUUUGGCAAGCUUUGUGCACAUUUUGUUGUGCUAAGAAUAACUCAAAAUACAUUGCUUUGAAUUUGGGAGUGAAUUUUGAAAUUGAACAGUGUCACAUCUUUCAGACUGUAAAGAAAAUGACAGAAAUGUAUUUUGAAUUCCAUUUGCAUUAAUUCUCUUUUUAAUCAGUGCAGUGGUUUACUUUGUUGCAUUCCAUUGCCUCAAGGUUGAUGAUUUCUUUACAUUGUUGCCAUGUGGAGAAUAUGUUAGGUUUACUUAUUUCUUCAAUUUGGGUUCAGUUCAUUUGGUUUGCAGGAGUAAUCAGUCUGACACUGCAUUACCAUCAGAUGCCAAAAUACAGACUCUGACCUUUGGUGUCCAGUUUCUCAGUACAAUUUUCCUCUCAGAGAAAAUACAGAGGACAGUUUAAUGCAGUGAUUUAUUUUUCUUUUUGGAACCAUAGAGUCGUGACUCUAAAGCCAUCUACAGUAUCAGUAAAACGCUCACUCUACACAUUGCUCCAGUGUUUAAAUGCGGAGUCUUACCCAGUGGAUCCAAAGCUUUUUGGCUUGUGGCCCUUUGAAUCAAAGUCUCCUCACGACCCCAAGUGACGUUCACUUCUUAGAUCUUUUUUUAUUUGAAAAGAGGCUGAGAAUCAAGGUUUGAGGGGCCUGCAGAAGUAAACAUAUCCACUUUACACAGUAAAAAGAAUAAAGCUUAAAAAGAGAGCGAAAAAAAAAACAUUUCAUGUGUUGUAUAUAUUUAGAAUAUGUUUCUCCUCACAUGUGUUCUUGUUUUUUUUGCCAAAUCUCAUUUAUGAUGGAGGAUCCCUAUACCACGGGCGAUGCCAGAUUUUUGCUGGCUGGUAUUUCUUCUCAGUCGUCUGGCAGGAAAUAUUUAUCAGAGGAAUCACUUAAAACUGUGAAACCUGCAGAUUUAUGAGUUCCCUUGUCCACCAUCCUGUGUUUUGGUAUUGUGACAUUUUUAUUUAAUCUUCAUUUAGUUAGAGAACAUUUCAGAAGUAAAUAUUGUUCUUUCACAUAUUUCAUGUUGGCUGUCAAAUUCAAACACAAAGACCUACAGAAUCAGUUUUAGGAUGACAAACUAUGAAUAGCCCAAAGAGAAAUAAAUAAUAAUAAAUAUGAAAGAUGCUGGUUUCACCAAUAAUAUCUUUCAGUGGUCGGGCUUUGAAAUGGGUAACAGGCAUUGUGCAUCAUCUUAAUCCUAGUCUACAUAAAGUACAGUACAGGUUUAUUGCAGUACGUUGUUUACAAAGGCAGACUACCAAUGUAAGUAAUCCCUUUACAGUUUCAGAGCACAUUCAAAAUUCAUGUUUUUUCUGUCGUCUUGUCUCAAACUGUCCUUUUUUCAAAAAGGAGGAUGAAAAAAAUGUCGAGCUGUCUGUCCAAUCCUCAAAUCCCUUUUUUCAUUUUAGAUGAAAGUGUUAAACUUUUAACGUUCUUUUUGAAUUAUGGAUGCAGUCUUUUCAUUCACUGAUGUGUUCAAAUGUGGGUGUUGUAGUGUUUUGGCAUCAUGGGGUUUUGGGUGUGAGCGGCAGGUCUGGAGGACGUACAGUACACUACAAGUGCCUUGUGUCCCCUCAUGGAGCGACGAGCCUCAAAGCAUAAUGUGACCAUGUGGAACUUGGACAUACGCCAUGUGUAUACUGUGAAGUUUUCUCCAGCUGUUGUCAGCUAAACCUCCAGGACAGAGAGCAGACUAAUAAAGUGUUUCAUACUCGCCUUGUGUUGACACUUCAUUGGCUAUAAUGUAGGAGUGUUAUUGGCAGCCUGUCACACGUAUAUAAGAGGGAAACAUUGGGGAGUCCAAAUUAUUCAGAGCCAAAAGGCCUUUGGGACAUUUAACAGCCUCACAUUUUCAAUGUAUUAAAGUUAAUCAGUUCUCAUUCUGCAGAAAAUUGCAUGUUUUUAUGUUUUUCUCUUCCUGGAACUGGUGAAGUGAAAGAAAGCCCUCAAACGCAUCCCCGCUAGAAAAGCGUGCUCUUUGCUUCACAUCGCAGCACCCCAACAAAAGGCCGUCAUUUAUCACUAUUAUGCCUGCGGCCCCAUCAGCUUGAAUCCUCUCGCUGUAAUCCUUGAGUGUGCUGUCGUGUUGUCUGCCUUUAAUGCUGAAAGAGAGACAAGUCCUGAUGUGAUGGGCUGUGCGUGUCAUGAGUUUGUAGUAAAAGUGUGUAUGUGAUGUUCUAGACCGAAAUGGCUCUUUGCUCACAGUGGCUGUGAAUGAACCCGCUGGCCUUAUCAAAGCUUUAAUGGUCCUAUUAAUUGAAAUUGAAGCUAUUUGUCAAAAUGCGAGCGCUUAUUCUCAGUGCUUUAUGCUUGAUUUACAGCCUAUAUUUACAGGAUGUAUUAAGAGCCAUGAACACACGCUGCCAGACAAAAAAAAAAGAAAUCCAGUUAAAGUUUCUGUGGGGAAUUUCUCUGUGGUUCAGAGAGCCUUUUAAGGAAAACCCACAGAGGGAUAACCAGAGUAGUAGACAGCAUCCAACUCUCUCCCCUCUUUCUUUCAUCUCUAUCUCCCUGCUCGCUCUCCAUUUCAAACACACGCAGUCUGGAUGCACUCUCUGUUGAAUAACUUCUCAUAUUUCUAUUAUACUAAAAGCAGUGACUGCAUAGGCAGCAGCCCCAGCAAAUGACUGCCUCAAAGAAUUUGUUACACCUGUUAAGCUCUAGAAACAAUGCUCAGCAUUUUCCCUCAGCUCCACUGACUCUCACAACCGGCUUCCCAAGGAACAGAGCAUGAGCCCCUCUCCUGUUUCCCUUCUUCUUAUGCUCUCUAUUCUUCUACUACAUUGGCCUGUGCUAAUUUCACUCCAGCCUGUAAUUAUUCUCCUGAACCAAAGCUGCCACAUUCCUUUUUUUGUCUUCCAUUCCUUCUUUUAUUUCUCUCGUUUGUUUAAAUUUGCCCCGCAGCAGACAGGCGGCCUACCUCUCUGCACUUCCCCUGUCAAGGGUGGUUAGUCAGAGACGAGGGGGAAAAAAACGAGGAGGAGAGGCUGGCUCAGAUUAAAAGGGCCGGGACCAGUGCCUAAAGCGGAGGCUGCCGACUGCCAUUUAUUUACCGUUUGCUCCACACGGUGUGAGCCUGAUGGAGCUCGGGAGCCCAGGGAGACUAACGCAUACUGUACAACACACUGCCCGACAACAAUGACAACCUGCACGAUCCAACAGAGGCACCUUUAGACAAACAUAUGGCUUUGUUUUGCUCGGUUGAGCAUUUGGUUGCAGCCCAUCUCACCUCAUUACCCCUGACGCGGCUGCAGCAAGGACUCCUCGCAGCUUACACCCACCUCGUCUAGCAGAAAGAGCCACAUUUAACCGACAGAUGUCUAAAUCAUUCAUCAUAGACCACCGCUUCUGGAGAGAACUUCAAAGUAUAAUCUAUGAGAAAGAAAUGAUGCAAAAGACUGUCUCCAGUAUUUCAUUUCAUAUUGUAAGCGUCUCAAACGCAUACUAAUACUGUUCUCAGAUGUGGAGGUGACAUUAGGCCAAAACAGGGGAUAAGAACUUCUCUGUUUACCUGAUACUCCAAUGAAAGCAAGUGAAGCAGGGUGAACAUAGAGCUCAUUUAGCUGAUUUGUGUCUGUUUAUUCAAGAGAUUUGAGAAAACUGAUUUGAUUACAGCUGUUAACAGUUUGUGUUUCCAGCAGCUCAAACUUAAACAUUUGCUUUUAUACUCCAUUGCAUAAUCAUUGAUAUAUGUUCAGUUAAUCUUCAGACCAAUGUUAUCAGAUCUUCAAACAGAGCUAAUAAACAUGGCCACUGAC